CCUUGGGUCAAAACAAUGAAAAAUCAUUGGAUAAACAUAUAGGUCUAACAUGUCUGGUUUUCUGUAUGUACGUGAUUUUCACAAAUGUAUUCAUCCAUCAAAAACCAAAUAGCCCAAACUGUCAGCAUGACCUCCAAGGCCCUUCAACAUCUGCUGCUGCUGUAUGAGCGUCCCCUGGAGCCCGUCUUUGUCCCCAAGGGAGAUCAGCAAGUCUUUGAUGUGCCUGAAGAAUAUCUGGUUGAACGCUAUAGACCUUUACAAGAAGAACUCAACAAUCGAUUUGGAGAAAAUGUCAAAGAGCGGAUCAGUGUCAAGAAGAUCAACAUUCCCGACCUGUCAGUAGCACUGGGCCUUGGUCGUCAAGACAACUUCUCCCUAUUCAUUCCCUCGCAUCGCAAGAUGGCCUCUACACUCAUAGAGCAGUUCAUGAGCCAACCGACAUUGGAAGACUUCACUUCCUUUGCACUCUACGCUCGCGAUAGAGUCAACUCUUUCUUGUUCUUCUACGCCUACUCUGUUGCCAUUCUUCACAGGAAGGACACUAGAAAUGUCCCUGUGCCUUCCUUUGCUGAGGUGUUCCCAGAGAAGUACAUGGACUCUGCAGUGUUUUCCCGAGCUAAGGAAGAGAGCACAAUCGUGCAAAAUUCUGGAGAAAGGAUGCCGCUUAUAAUUCCUCGUGAUUACACGGCAUCAGACUUGGAGGAGGAACACAGAGUAGCAUACUUCCGAGAGGACAUCGGCAUCAACCUGCAUCACUGGCACUGGCACCUCGUCUACCCCACGGACGCCCCUCGUGAGAUUGUGAACAAGGACAGACGUGGCGAGUUGUUCUUCUACAUGCAUCAACAGAUCAUGGCUAGGUACAACUUUGAGAGAUUCAGUAUGAAUUUGGCUCGAACCAAGCGACUCCUCAACUGGAGGGAGCCAAUCCCUGAGGGCUACUUCCCCAAGCUGGACAGUCUAGUAUCCAGUAGGGUGUGGGCUCCUCGUAACUCUAACACCAUUCUGUCUGAUAUCAACCGUGAAGUAGAACAGAUAAGGUUUGACAUUGGGGACAUGGAACGUUGGCGAGACCGCUUCUAUCAAGCUAUCCACAUUGGAUCUGUGGUGACGGCCGAUGGAAAAAUCCAACCACUGGAUGAAGAAACCGGAAUCGACACUCUCGGCAACAUGAUGGAGGCUAGUAUCUUGACAAUCAACCAGUUUGUGUACGGAGAUCUCCACAACAGAGGACACGUUGCCAUCUCUCUCUCCCAUGACCCUGACAAUCGUCAUCUCGAGACCUUUGGGGUGAUGGGUGACCCAGCCACUGCCAUGAGGGAUCCUGUGUUUUACCGCUGGCAUGCGUUUGUGGACGACAUCUUCCAGGAGCACAAGAAUCUCCUUCCUCGCUACACUGUUGAUCAAUUGAAUUACAAUGGAGUUACUGUUACUUCAGCCCAAAUCAAGGUCCAAGGCCAGCCAGACAAUCUAUUGGUGACUCUAUGGCAGCAAAGUGAUAUUGAUCUCUCCAGAGGCCUCGACUUCACUCCUCGAGGAAACGUAUUUGCCCGGUUCACUCAUCUUCAACACAUUCCUUUCAGCUAUAAAAUUACAGUUGAGAACAAUGGUCAGCAGAGAAUGGGCACCUGUAGAAUAUUCCUGGCUCCCAAGUUUGAUGAACGUGGUCUGCCAUUUUUAUUCAGAGACCAGAAGGGACUUUUCAUUGAGAUGGACAAGUUUACAGUCAAUUUGAAACCGAAAACUAAUGUGAUUGAGCGCAAAUCAAAGGAAUCUUCAGUGACAAUUCCAUUUAAUAGAACUUUCCGUAACCUGGAGGCAAACCGCCCUGAUAGUGGACCAAUUCUGGAAGCUUUCAACUUCUGUGGCUGUGGAUGGCCAGAACACAUGUUGGUACCUCGCGGUACUCCUCAGGGACUGCAAUGCCAGCUGUUUGUUAUGAUCUCUAACUACGAGAAUGACAGGGUUGAGAGAUCCACUGUGGGAGGCAAGAUGUGUGAGGAUGCGGCCAGUAGCUACUGUGGCUUGCGGGACAACAAGUACCCUGACAAGAGGUCCAUGGGCUACCCCUUUGACCGUCUGCCUCGGGACGGUGUCAACCUGCUGCAGGAGUUUAUUACUCCCAACAUGGCAGUGGUUGACGUCUCCAUCAGACACCUGGACAGAACCGUUAGCCCCAAGAAGGUCGGGGUCAAUGAGGCUCCUCGCGGAUGAUCACAAAACUACCUCAGGGACCUGAAUUAUCGGCAACGCUUCAAACCAUCAAUCUCUUCUCAUCUUAAAAUUGUGUAUUUCGCUACUUGUACUGUAGGUAUUUGCUACGCCGCAGUUUCAUAAUAAUAUACAGUUUUACGUAUAGGCUUAAGGUAUUAAGUGGUUAGUGUCAACGAUUUUAAGGGAUUAUUAUGUAAGUACGCAAAUUGUGAUAAAAAUACACGAUUUUGAUACAGUAGAUAGAUCUCACUUCUUAUGGAAACAGCCGUUCUUAGAUUUUUUUUUAUUUCUUGACCAUGCCUAUUAAAAUAUUAUUUAUUUUUACUUUCUCCCCCAAACAGGCCAAACAUACUGUAGUAUAUGGAGAAAGUAAUGUUUUUGUCAACAUUUUCAAGUUUAAGUUUUGAGUGGAUAUAUCCGUUUUGGGGCCCCCUGAACCCAAAAAAGCGGUUUUCAAAGUGAUGUCUGUGUGUGUGGAUGUGUACAGAGCUACAGACCAUACCUGUAAUCCGAUUUUGAUUAAAAUUGGUAUGUAGGUACUAAUCCAUAUUAUCACCAUGUGUUUUUUUUUCUCAUUUUUUUUCAAAUUUAUCUUUUUAAUGAUGAUUUUUUCAUAAAAACCUAUAAAAUAACCUGAAAAAUUGGAUUUUCCUACAGUUACCUAACAAUGUGCAUGUUCUCUCACUGAUUUGAGAAAGCAAAGUGGCCAAUUCGCUCAUCAGUGAGACAAUGUUAACAUUGUCUCACUCUAAUUACUUUGUCUCACUCCAGAUUUGCAACGUGAAGGCACGAAAUAGUGAGCUCGUAACAUGCAGGCAACGUCGUAUGCGCGCGAAAUACGUUGGCAGCACUGGCUGUAAAUCAGCUGGUCAGCUGUUGUACUGUUGUAUUUGUCACUUCACAUUAAAUGUUAUAUUAACAGUUCACUUCUGUGUAAAAAUAGGUUAUGUUUCUUCACAAAUUUAUUUGUUUUAUGGUAACUGUAGGAAAAGUAUAAUGUGCAACUCGAGUUCAAAGUACAAUUGCCUCACUCGAGAAACCAUUCCUCACUCGCCUACGGCUCGUGAGUAAGGAUUUCUCUCGAGUGAGUCAAUUGCUUACUUUUCUCACUAGUUGCACAAAUAACUAUUUUUUGACUGCUACCCUCUGUAGUGUAUUCCAACUUAGGUUGAGCGUUUGUGUAUUGUUAGUUGUAAUGUGUUAGUUAAGUUUUUUUCACCUGAGGACGGGAUCAGAUUCCAGAUCCCGAAACGUUGUGUAUUGUUUUUACAAUCGUGAUGGAAAAUGUCUGCAGUAAACCUUUGAACAACAUUAACUCACCAUCACCAACAAUGAACUUCAAACAAUGGUAUCAAUUGAUUAGGAAAGUUGUAUUUCUACUGUAUUGGCCUUGUUUGGUAAAUUUGGAAAUCUGCAAACUUUUCUUUAUUAGUGCAUUAGUUUAUUAGAAUAAAUAGAUACUGUUCAAACUUAUAAUAUACAUUUUUAAUUAAUGAGGUUAAUAUAAAAUUGGAAUUGGAAGAGUUUCACACAACUAAUUUUCCAGUUUAAAAAAAAAAAAAAACCUUUACGUAAUUUAUUAUGUUAAAUUGUGCUCUAUAUCUGAAAAUUCUUAUAACCACUGUACUGUAUUUGUGUAAAAUAUGUGUUUAGUUUUGAAAUGAGACAAUAAAAAGUUUAGAAGUGUA